CUUGAAUUUUGAACUUGGAUUUUGCAAGACAAAAAAAUGCCGAAAUCUGACUCGCUCUUUGCGACUGCAGCCGCCAUGUUCCCGCACUUGUACGGCGCUGGCCCGGUGCCCGGCGGCAUGUUCCCCGACGUCUUCACCGAGUACGACUACGGUGACGGCGCUCCGCCCAAGACGCUGGUCGAGCUGACCAUGAUCCAGAUGAGCGCCGCCGUCCGCAACAAGCCGAACUGGGAGACCAAGAUGCGCGACCCCGAGAUUGUCGCCAAGUGGCGCAAGGAGGCCAGCGACGCCUCGGCAGCGGGCCAAACUGACGUUCCGGUCACGCCCAAGAUGCUCGACUACGUGUUUGAGGAGCUCAAGGAGUACGCCAAGUUCAAGCAGGAGCAUGGCGGCAAGAUUGAGCAUGCUGCUGUCGACGGCACGUUCCAGGCGGACGGACUCGUGUCGGACGAGCUGCGCCAACGCCUGAUUGCCGGAGUUGCUCGCCUCGAGGACGUCCCCGAGCACCUGAAGGACUGGCACCCGGGUAGCGAUCGCCAGGUCCUGGAUCUUGUGCAUCCGUCCUUGUUCUGCCUCGUCUAUGGGCGUACGCGCCACACCACCGAGCCGAUCGUCGAGGCGCUUGGUUCGGUCGGCGGUGGCGAAAUCAUCCCAUCGCCCCCUCCCCCGAAGUACCGCGACUUUAACACGUCAACCCAGUGCCAGUGGCUGCCGAGUGAAUUCCACGUCGCCAAGGACGGCCGUGUCACGAUCGAGUCUUACAUUAACAACCUCCACCCCGUCGAGCACGCCGAACUCUACCCUGUGCUCGCCAGCGUCUUUGAAGAGUUUGUUCCGCUGUUCAAUCUGACUCUGACCGCGAUGCUCAAGGAAGAAGACAAGAGCCAUCUCCGUGUGCAGCCCGGCGACUGGUAUCGUCCGCGCGAGCGUCGCCAGCGCCCCACCACUUCUCCUGCCACUGCUCCUGCUCCGGGCGACGGAGACGGCAACGACGACGACGACGACGAGGACUCAUGGGAAGAUGAGCACGACGACGAGGAUGACGAGGAUGACGACGAUGAGUUUGACCCCGAGUCGUACUUUGGCAUCUUCACCAUGCCCGAGCCGGCCAAGUACCAACCGCCCAACGCCGACGACGCGUUCCCUCCGUUCGACCUGCGCGGUACCACCCUCCAGGUCAUUGUGAAGCUGGCCAACAUUUGCCUGACCCCGGAAAACCCAACCUACCAGGGCGGCUCCUGGCACGUCGAGGGCAUGCGCAACGAGAAGAUUGUUGCGUCUGGCAUCUACUACUACCAGCAGGAGAACAUCACCGAGUCCAACCUCGACUUCCGCCAAAGUGUCGGCGAGCCCGACUAUGAGCAGAACGACAACAACGGCGUCCGCAGGGUUUACGGCCUGGAGGAUGGCGGCGAGCUGAACCAGCCGCUGGGCGGCAUCGCGACCAAGGACAAUCGCUGCAUUGCCUUCCCAAACACGAUGCAGCACCGCGUGCGCUCGUUCCAGCUCCUGGACCCGACCAAGCCUGGCUCGCGCAAGAUUCUGGUCUUCUUCCUCGUUGAUCCCCACGAGCGCAUUCCGUCGACCAAGCACAUUCCCCCGCAGCAGCGCAGCUGGUACAUGCAAGAAGUCUCGAGCGCGCCCAUCUUCCCGCCAACGAUCCCCCCGGAGCUUGUUGACGAGAUUCUGGAUCGCGCUGAUUGGCCCAUGGGGCUCGAGGAGGCCAAGCAGCACCGCGAGACGCUCAUGAAAGAGCGCAAGCGCUUUGUCACCGCCAACAACGACGCGGUGUUUGCGCGUGAGUUUUCGCUGUGCGAGCACUGAUUUUGUUUUCUGUUCUUUUUUUUUUUUUUUUGCGGUCAAGGGAUGUUGCAGUCGUCGUUGUAUGUUUUUGCCUUGCGUUCCCGCCUCUUUCUGCGUUUUCGUUUUCUUCUUUCUCUUCUUCUUCUUCUUGUUUUUCUCGUUGGAUUUCGUGCCAAUCUAACAGUGUUAUUUCACGAAACGCACAAUAAAGCAUGUUGCAGAAACACCAA